UGCUGGCACAGGUGGUGCGAGGGUGGCAGCCGGCUAGGCGCUUCAGGGAUUGGCGGCGAGCGGAGAAUGUGUGCCGCCUGGGGGACCCGGCGGUAGCUUGCUCCGAGGAUGAACUGCUGGUGGGCCUAAAGCUGUCUCAAGCCGGCAUCAGGGGAAAUCUCUCUGAUCAGCUUGGCAGGCUCACCGCCCUCACCUCCCUGCAGCUGGACGGCAAUCAGCUCAACGGCUCCCUGCCCUGGUCCCUGGGGGACCUAACCAACCUGCAAAUCCUCAAUCUGGGCGGGAAUCAGUUCGAAGGCAUGGUACCAGCAUCCAUCACGAAACUCAAGCACCUUCACACCCUUCGACUGGAGCGCAACGGAUUCUCCAACUCUCUGCCUGCCAACUUCUCAGCGCUCACCAAACUCAGCCUCUUUUUCGCCAACAACAAUUCCUUCUCGGGCCCUCUGCCGUCCUUCUUUGGCAGCAUGACCAAGCUACAGGAGCUAAAGCUCUACUCCAACCCCAUGGGAGGGUCGCUGCCGGAGUCCUUCUCGCAGCUCAAGAACCUCACCCACCUCCAUCUAACGGACAUGGGUCUGUCAGGCUCCAUCCCUGACUCGUGGGGCCACAUGACGAGCCUUCAGUACUUCCAUUUGAGUCGCAACAAUGUCUCGGGCACACUUCCAAUCUCGCUGGGGGAACUCACCAAUCUUGUUGAAUUGUCUGUCGGCCACAAUCCGCUGCUGGAGGGCAAGCUGCCGCCCUGCUGGGCCACCGUUCAGUCCCUCGGCACUCUCACACUCACCAACACCAAGCUGCACUGCCCCACGCGCCCUAUCGACUCCUGCUGUCCCGGCACCCUUCAGACGGACCUGCCCUACUGCUCCCUCCUCUGCCACGACUUCUGCAAGGCCUGCCAACCACCAGUACUAUCGACAUCAGGCAUAGCAGGCAUUGUGGUGGGGAGUGUGGUGAUUGUGAUGGUCGUGCUGCUCGUAUCGCUCUAUGUGUGGUAUUACUACUGGGGCCCUGGCAGCCGCAAGGCAUGGGAGAGGGAGCUGCAGCAGGGCUUCAGGAGGUACACGUGGAGGGAGGUGAUGGAGGCGACCAACCAGCUGAGCCCCGACAACCUUCUCGGCAAGGGCGGCUUCGGCUCCGUCUACUGGGGCGUCAUAGGCGGGUCACAGCAGAGCGGGUGGAGCUCGCGGGUGUGGAAGAGAGCCGAGGCCAGCAGCAGAACCAAAAGCAGUUUCAUGAGCGGGGGAAGUGGCACGAGUGGGGGAAGUGGCACGAGUGGGAGCACAACUUCUCUGGUUGAAGCUGCUGCUGGUGCGAACGGUACGGGGUCGGGUGGCAAGAUGGCCGGCAGCACUGAUGGGUCGGACGGUGGUGUGCGUGAGUCGGGCGGCGGUGUGCGUGGGUCGGGCGGCGGAGUGUGUGGCGCGUGCGGCGGUGUCCAUGUGGUGGGCGGCGGCAUGGAGGUGGCUAUCAAGCGGGCAGCUGCUGUGGAGCGAUCGACCAGUAUCGCCACCAUGUUUGAAGAGGAGGUGAAGGCGGUGUCCAAGUUGAGUCACAAGUACCUCGUGCGCCUCCUCGGCUACUGCAACGAGAACAACGAGCAG